AUGAGCACUUCAAACGACAUCCAGACAGAGAUCCCCUCAGAUCGCCCUCGUUGGCUGGUCCACAUUGAACAGACGAUAGAGGAAGAACGUGAUGACUUUGCCUCACAGUCUCCAUUCUACGAAAUCGUCCGCGAUUUACUACUUGCGCCAGAAGAUGAUAGCCAUGCAGUUUCGCAGGCCGUCAGCAGAUUUUACAACCUCUAUGCCGCUGGAGCCGAUGAAAGAACGAGAGAACCCCCAGAGUACUUCGCUGGUCAUUAUCUCAAUUCUAUCGCUUGUGUCGCAUUUGAAACGGCGAGUGAGGUUCCUUUCGACACUUAUCAGCAUGACAGAUUGGUGGAGUUCUUGCUCGGCAUAAAAAAGGGUGCUGCAGACGAGUAUGACACUGAGGAUCCCAAGUUUGUCUAUUAUAGAUGGGGAUUAGAGAAUGCGGCAGAUGAGCACUGGAAUCAUGGCCCUGUCGAUGCCUCAACACAGAAGAGAGCAACAGAGCCAGACUUAGUAUGGACUGGGUCAUGGAUUGGCAUCGCAGCCUUGAUCGCCAAACUCUUCAAAGAAGGCUUGCUAGAUGACGAUGGUCCUCGCUGGAUUACAGGUGAUUUCGUGCGAGCUUUCAAAUCAAACGCUCCUGGUGAUGUUGCCAUAGAUAUCGGUCGCCAAGCCCAAGUACUCGCGGUUGUGAACUACAUACUCAUCGCUGGGGAGGCUUAUGCAAAGGAAGCCAAGGCACCGCAGAGAUUGCACUUGGCGGUGGAUGCAAGCAAGUGGAGGCUUUGGGCCUCAAAGCUGCGGGAAGUUGCGGAUGUAGUGGACAAGAACGCACCGUGGGAUCUCAAGGAGCGGGCUCAGGAGGCUUAUGAUAAGAUGGUUGAGCUAUAUCCGGAGGCAUUUGAAGAUGAGCAGCAAGAUAUGGGGGACCCAGUAGCACAGGUGGAGAUUUCAGGAUGA